AUGGAGUCGUGUCACAUUCUCAGGUUGCCCGACGAGCUGCAUGUCGCUGUGGUCAAGCUUCUUCCCGGCGACGCACUUAAAGCGACGCGUGCAACUUGCCGCAAACUCAACAGCAUCGCGUCACCCUAUCUCUACCCUGUGCUCUACCUCUCAUGUCACCAGCUUGAUCUCGAUGUCUUUCGACUCGUUGCAAACAACCCUCUUCUCAUCGGCGGCGUCAAAGAGCUCGUGAUUGAUGAUACAACCCUGUCGUCUCGUCUAGCCAACUGGGAUGUCUACAAGACUGUAGCCUCGUACCCCCAAAACUGGCCCGAUCGCAAGAAGGCGUAUUGCUUGGAAGAUGACUUCGAAUAUGAAGGACGGGUCUGGUCCGAUGAACCAGACAAAGAAUUCCAUGCUCUCUACAAGGCUGUUCUCAAAGGUCACCACAUCAACCGCCGAGGACAUGCCGACAUCAGCGCCCUCGAACAUGCCCUGCCCUUUUUCAAGUCACUACAAAGCCUCAUCAUCAGCAACCGCACCGCUGAUGAUUCCGAGGGAAUCUUCAAAGGCGCACAGAGUGAAAAGUCGAGCAGCCCAGUUGUCAAGAUGUGGAGGCGCCUUGGAGUCUCCAAGCAAGAAAGACCUCCGUUCCCGCCAAGAUGCGACUGGGUGACUCCAGAGCUCAAGGAAGAGCCUGAAGACAAAGCGCAGGUGAUGCACCCGGAUUGGUUGCAUGACGAACUGGACAUACUGAUCGAGGCAUAUGGACUACCAGCUGCCAAAGGGCAAGUCCACUUGACACGCACCCCAGACGGCCGAUACCCAGUGGCAGGAAAUCGCUGGGGUUAUCGGAGAGGACCUGAAUUCGCUUGGACUAACUUCAAUUGGUUGAAACGGCACUACACAUUCUGUCGGUCGAUCGCGCGAGAAGGUCGUGCUAUAUCUGUGGCUCUCGAAGUCCUCGGGGACCCUCGCAUACGUCUCACUGAAUUUAGGGUUGAUACCUCUCCUCGCAUCGGUGACUUCGUCGACGAGGUAUACCCUUCAUGCCAGCCGGGUCUUUCAGUUCUGCUCUUCGACAAUAACCACUCGCCGCUAUUGCCGAAGCUUUUACCUUCUUUCUUCAGCAACUUGACCAAAUUCCAUCUUGUCCUGAGUAACUGCACAGAGAGAGAAGGUGUUUUCUAUAUUGAUCAGGGAUUCAAAAUACUACAUCAGGGCCAUGUCACCGCUAUUCUUGAAUCUUUGACACAACUAGAGGAUCUUCUUCUCGAACUUCAUGGCAUGCCGAUCAUCUGUGCGUUGCCGUGUACCCGUUUCAAGCGGCUUCGAAAUGUUGAGUUCAGUUGUGGCCAGAUGGCUCCUCAAGGACUACUCUCCUUUCUCCGACAACACAGCGGAACUCUCGAUAACCUCGUUAUCGAAUACUGCUGUAUAGAUCCAGAUAUCUACGACGAAACGUGGGAGGAUACCAUGCAAGAGAUCCGCGACAUGCAGGAUGCAGGAAUUCUGAAUCUUGGGUUUGGACAUGGGGAAGUGAUCGGUGUCUAUGACCAUGCUCCCUGCCGAGGCUGUGGGAAGAACAGUACCCUCGAGAUCGAGGAUACGGGAUGUCCGAUUAACAGCUGGGAGUUUAUUGAGCGUUCACUUUGGAGGCAUGUUGAUGGCUACCCUUGGGAAUUCCAGGAUCACGAAGGGUCGUACGUGGGUCGAAGUUUCGAUACAGAAAGCGAAGACGGCGACAGUGAUGAGGAUGGCGGAGAUGAGGAUGAUGAAGGCGAGCAGGAAAGUUCCGGGAUCUGA